GGAUGAGACCACAGGAGCAUCUGAGCAGCGACUUUAAGGAGCUUCAACAGAGAGCCACUGACCGAAAAAAAAGGAAAGAAAGCACUCAAAAGGAAAAGAAGGAACUUCAAUAUGAAGAAUCACAAGAAGCUGCAGUAGGGGAGAUACUCAAGGAAACCAUCUAGAAAGGUAGAAGUUAGUGUAGCAGCAGCUGUUCCGACCGCUGAGGAUUUUGUGGGGCAUUUUCUUUUCUUCUCGUUUUGACAGAAAAUCCCCCUCCAGAAGAAAGACAUGUCUCUGGAGGUGAAGGAGAAGACGCAGGUGCGCCUCGUCUUUCUGGGAGCAGCAGGAGUGGGCAAGACGGCCCUGAUCCAACGCUUCCUCCAAGACACGUUUGAGCCCAAGCACCGGCGCACGGUGGAGGAGCUGCACAGCAAGGAGUACGACAUCGGCGGGGUCAAGAUCACGGUGGAGAUCCUGGACACCAGCGGCAGCUACUCCUUCCCGGCCAUGCGCAAGCUCUCCAUCCAGAACAGCGACGCCUUCGCCCUGGUGUACGCCGUGGACGACCCCGAGUCGCUGGAGGCCGUCAAGACCCUCCGGGACGAGAUCCUGGAGAUCAAGGAGGACAAGAACACGCCGAUCGUGGUGGUGGGCAACAAGACGGACCGGGAGAAGGAGCGCCGGGUGUCCAACGAGGACGUGCUGUCCACCGUGGAGAUGGAGUGGAACAACAGUUACGUGGAGGCGUCGGCGAAGGACAACGUCAACGUGGUGGAGGUGUUCAAGGAGCUCCUGCAGCAGGCCAACCUGCCCAGCCGCCUCAGCCCCGCGCUGCGCAGACGCAGGGAGACCUUCCCCAAAGACCUCAACUUCCGCCCGCCCAUGAACAAGACCAACAGCUGCAUCCUGUCCUAAUGAUGACCGGCAAGAGGGAAAGAAGAAGAAGAAGAAUUAGUGGUGGUGUCCAGUCUCACGGAGGGACAGAAGACGGGAGCGCUGGGAGAAAGAGAUUAAAGGGGGAAAGAAGCCCGGACUAAGGUCAGCGGGGGGCGUCGAGUGCGAUAAGGGAUCGUGGCCCAGCAACACUUCAGUGUUCGAAACCUGAGAGGAGGUCAAUGGUACCGAGAGGUGACCUGAGCAGACUGCGAGUGGACGGAUGGAUGCAUUAAUUACUCAGCCGUUCAGUCAAUGUAAUGUUGUUGCUGCUUAUUUGGUGACAAGCUGCUAGUGUUUGGAUCAAUGUACCUUUCUGGGGUUUUUAAAUGUAAUUGUUCACUUAAAUCAAGAUGUGGAAUGUGGCUAACAGCUGACUGCGAACAGUACUGUGAGUGCGUAAAAAUAAAAUUGUGUAAUGUAAAUUGUUUUAAAUUUAAUAAUUCAGUGUAUGUAGCACAUGUUUGUUGUUUUUUUAUGCAAUAUCAAUUUUCCAUAAAGCGUUAUAUUACUUGUUUUUAAAAAACGUGUUGAAAUGAAAUAGAAUCUGUCGAUGCACUUGUGUUUUUCUUAACAAUCUUAGGUGUUUUUUUUUCUUGCUCAUCAUUUUUGUAUUUUCUUUUUUACAAUGCCAUACUGACAUGUUGUUUUGCUGGUUCUUUGAAGUUUGUAAAUUUAAUGUGGAUCCAACUAAUAAAAGAAAAAAAGGAUUUGAUGUAUGAAAAUA